UCCUCAGUUGUCCUCCGCGUUUUGGCCAGGCGAGGUUUCCAAUUCCCGGCUCUCCCCGCGCCGGGACUCUCCUUCUCUCCCCGACCCGUUGCGCGUGUUUCCCUCGCUGGACUUUCCGCGCCUUCUUGGGAAGAAAAAGAUGAAAGCCCUUCUGUGGCCUUUGGCGCCCAGCCUCUUCUUGCUCCUGCUCCCGGGCGGCUGGGCUCAAGCCUUCGGCCGGAUUUGCCCUGAGCGCUGCGACCGCGCGCGGUGCCCGGAGGUGCCCGCCGAGUGCGCGGGAAGCGGGCAGACCCUCGAUUCCUGCGGCUGCUGCCCCGUGUGCGCCGCGCAAGAGGGCGAGCCCUGCGGAGGCUCCCCGUUCGGAGAGCCGUCGUGUGCCGAAGGGCUGUUGUGUGUGCUGUCGGCCGGGGCCCCCGGAGUGGCGGCUUCGGCUACGGUGCGCAGGCGAGCCAAAGGCGGCCACUGCGUGUGUGCCGGGAACGAGCCGGUGUGUGGCAGCGAUGGAAGGAGCUACGGCAACCUGUGUCAGCUGCGGACCGCUAGCCAGCGCUCGGAAAGCCAGCAGCAGCCGCCCGUCAUCGCCAUCCAGAGGGGCGCCUGCGGUCAGGGUCAGGAAGAUCCCAACAGUUUACGGUAUAAAUACAAUUUUAUCGCAGAUGUGGUGGAGAAGAUAGCACCCGCUGUGGUUCAUAUAGAAUUGUUUCGCAGAUUGCCUUUUACAAAAAGGGAAGUCCCUGCUGCCAGUGGCUCGGGAUUCAUUGUUUCUGAAGAUGGACUGAUUGUUACAAAUGCUCAUGUGGUUACCAAUAAGAACAGAGUGAAAGUGGAACUGAAGAAUGGCGUGACGUAUGAUGCUAAAAUUAAAGAUGUCGAUGAGAAAGCAGAUAUUGCACUAAUAAAAAUAGAUACUCAGAGGAAGCUCCCAGUCCUCCUCCUUGGACGUUCAGCAGAAUUACGGCCUGGUGAAUUUGUGGUUGCAAUUGGAAGUCCAUUUUCUCUCCAAAAUACAGUCACUACUGGGAUUGUUAGUACUACCCAGCGAGGAGGCAAAGAGCUGGGACUUAGAAACUCUGAUAUGGACUACAUCCAAACAGAUGCCAUUAUCAAUUAUGGGAAUUCUGGAGGACCUUUGGUGAACUUGGAUGGGGAAGUGAUUGGUAUUAAUACUCUGAAGGUCACUGCUGGAAUCUCCUUUGCAAUACCAUCAGACAAAAUUAAAAAAUUCCUUACUGAAUCACAUGACAGACAAUCCAAAGGAAAAACUGUAACUAAGAAAAAAUACAUUGGCAUUCGAAUGAUGUCUCUCAGUCAGGGUAAAGCUAAAGAACUUAGGGAACGCUUUGAAGAUUUCCCUGAUGUUAAUUCUGGAGCCUAUAUUAUUGAAGUAAUUCCAGACACACCAGCUGAGAUAGGAGGGCUGAAAGAAAAUGAUGUGAUUAUAAGCAUUAAUGGACAUCCAAUAAUUUCUGCCAAUGAUGUCAGCGACAUUAUCAAAAAAGAGAGUAUCCUCAAUAUGGUAGUCCGCAGAGGGAAUGAGGACAUUAUUCUAACAAUUAUUCCUGAUGAAAUUGACCAUUAAAUAAAGACAUGAGCUGGAUUUCAUGCUGCAAGCAGGCACUGGACUGUUUAUAUUAUCUCUGUGCUGGUACAGAAAAUAGUAGAUUUUGACCAACUAUCCAACUAAGUUUAGUGGCAUUGUAUUGCUGAAUAAAAUAAUUUUUCAAUAGGUUAAGUGUUGAAGCUAAUGCUUUAGCUAUUCUUACGGUGUGCUUUGUAUUCUUUGUGGAAUCCUUGGUGCUCUCUGAGCUACAAUUCAAAAUAAAUAAAAAAGCUAAGAGACUAGAAUACAUCUUCUCCAGCAACCUAGAUAAGCAGGGAUUAACACCAGACAAACAAUCAAGCAGAAAGUGAUAUCCUAAUCAAGGAUCUACCAAGGAGAAAACUUCAUUUCUACCCACACAAACUAUUCUAUAUAAACAAAGAACACACUCCACAGUCACUAGCACUGAUGAAGUUAUCUGGUUAUGUAAGAAACAGCUAGAAACAAGCACUCAAGCUAGAGAUCACCAAGGACAACACAGUUCAAUCUGAGCUCCAUAUGUUAUUUUUUAUGUCUUUUUACUGGAUACUCCCAUCUGUUUCUACCACUUUAGUGCUCAUCCAUUCUAAUCUCCAAGAUAAACCACCUGUGUAACAUACGUUGCAGUAUUCCAUUUUUUAGUAGCUUGAUAUUUCCUGAAGAUACAACUGUUAACAAUAUGAAAAUAUUGGAAAUGAAUGACUUGUACAUACGCAAGUCCUAAACCUA